AUGCUUACCAGUACAUGGCAAGUAGUACUUGCCAUCCCAAAAUGUCAGCUUAAUUUUAAAGCAACAUCUGGAAAUUCAAUUAACUAUAAAUAUGACCCACGAGCUGUUGCCAUGGGCGAUUUUAACAACGAUACUUGGCUAGAUAUUGCUGUUGCUAAUUAUGCUGCUGACAAUAUAGCUAUAUAUUUUGGAUGUGGCAAUGGUACUGUGGCAAGACCAAUCAUGUUUUCAAUUGGUUAUGGCUCUGCACCAUACAUGAUUGCUAUUGAUGAUUUCGACAACGAUCAGCGACUCGAUGUCGCCGUUGCAAAUUUCGGCACAAAUAGCGUUGGUGUAUUUCUUGGAUUUCAAAAUGGAUCUUUUGCGAACAAAACAGUUCUAUCAACUGAAUCAUCUCGUCCUAUUUGGAUCCAUGUAGCAGAUCUCAACAACGACACAGCACUAGACAUUGUCACUGCCAAUUACGGCACACACAGUGUGAGUGUAUUUUAUGGAUAUGGAAAUGGUAGCUUUUCCAACUCAGACACGUACUCAACGGGCUAUGAUUCUUUUCCAUCCGCGGUUUUUAGUGGCGAUUUCAAUAAUGAUCAACAGAUGGAUCUUGCUAUCGCCAAUUAUGGCACAAACAACGUCGGUCUCAUGCUUGCGACUAGUAACGGCACUUUUGCAAGGCAAAGCACGUUUUCAACUGGCCCGAAUUCCCAUCCAUACUCGCUUGUCGUUGGUCAUUUAAACGAAGAUACCAAUCUAGAUAUUGCCGUCGCUAACCAUGGAAAUAACAGUGUAGGUGUACUUCUAGGUCACGGCAACGGAACUUUUAUGAGCCAAAUGACAUAUUUCCUCAGUGCUGUUUCUCCAUAUUCCAUCGGCAUUGGUGACUUCAACAACGACAAUCGAAUGGAUUUAGUCGUAACCAAUAAUGGUACUAGCAAUAUAGCUCUACUUGCCGGAUAUGGCAAAGGUACCUUUGCAAGUCCGAAAAUGUAUUCAACUGGAUCUACUUCGUCCAUCUUCGUUGCCGUAGGUGAUUUAAACAGCGAUAAUCAUUCAGACAUCGUCGUCAUCAAUAAUGAUACGAGCACCCUAGGUAUCAUGCUUGGUUAUGACGAGCUUUUUCCAAUUCGAGCAACAUAUUCAACUAGCAUUGGACCAUACUUUGUAGCCGUUGGUGAUUUUAACAACGACGUCCAUCUGGAUAUCGUCGUCACUAAUUUGAAGAACAACAUUAUAAGUAUACUUAUCGGAUAUGGCAAUGGUUCCUUUGCAAAUCAAACAACAUAUUCAACUGGUCUUGGACCAUACUCUGAAGCUGUUUGUGACUUUAACAACGACAACCGACUGGAUGUUGUCGUCGCUAAUUAUUACGAUAAAACCAUAAGUAUUCUUCUUGGAUAUGGGAAUGGUUCUUUAGCAAAUCAACGGACGUAUUCAACAGGCACUUCUCCCAACUCUGUAGCUGUUGGUGAUUUUAACAACGACACCCAUCUGGAUAUCGUCGUCGCCAAUACCGAUGACAAUACUAUAAGUGUACUUCUCGGAUAUGGAAAUGGCUCUUUUGCAGAUCAAACAACAUUUUCAACUGGCUCUAGCCCAGGCACUGUAGCUGUUAGUGACUUUAACAAGGAUACCCGACUGGACAUCCUCGUUUGUAAUUUUGGCGGCAACACGGUGAGUGUACUUCUUGGAUAUGGCAAUGGAUCUUUUGCAAAUCAAACGACACAUUCAACUGGUAGGUCUCCCAACUCUGUAGCUGUUGGUGAUUUUAACAACGACACCCAUCUGGAUUUCGUCGUCGUCAAUUUGAAUGACCACACUGUAAGUGUACUUCUCGGAUAUGGCAAUGGUUCUUUUGCAAAUCAAACAACAUAUUCAACUGGCUCUGCCCCACAAGCUGUAGCUGUUGGUGAUUUUAACAAUGACACUCGACAGGAUAUUGUCAUCGCCAAUUUCGUUGACAACACUGUAAGUGUACUUCUCGGAUAUGGCAAUGGAUCUUUUGCAAAUCAAACAACAUAUUCAACUGGCUCGGGCCCACAAGCUGUUGCUGUUGGUGAUUUUAACAAAGACACUCGACCGGAUAUUGUCGUCGCUAAUCUUAAUGACAACACUUUAAGUGUACUACUUCUGGAUGGCAGAGGAGCUCUGGAAGAUAAAAUCACAUUUGCGCCGACCGAUGGUUCUCGUUUGCGAAAUUUUGCCAUUUUUGAUUUCAAUAACGAUAGCCUAUUGGAUAUCGUCGUUGUCAAUUAUGGUACUAAUAACAUAGGUAUCCUUCAUGGAUAUGGGAGUGGCAGUUUUGGAAAACAAAUGUUACUUUCAACAGGUUCAAAUUCCCAUCCUUAUUCAAUCGCUAUCCAUGAUUUCAACAGAGACGGUCAAGCAGAUAUAACCGUGGCCAAUUAUGGUACUAAAAAUCUUGUUACGUUUCUGGGAAGUGGAAAUGGAACAUUUGAAAAUCAAGGACGUUACGGUAUAAAUUUUGAUUUUGCUCCACUGAUGAUUGGUGCUGGUAGUUUCAACAAAGAUGGGCGUUCAGAAAUUUUCAUUGCAUAUGAUGGCAUCGAUUAUGUAGAUUUGCUUGUUACAUACGACAUUGGAUCUUUCAGUAAUGCCAUUAUAUAUUCAACUGGGAAUGUGCCCAGAUCUGUAACCGUUGGUGAUUUUAAUAACGACAACCAUCUGGAUAUUGUCAUCGCUAACAGGGUUGACAACACUGUAAGUGUACUUCUCGGAUAUGGAAAUGGCUCUUUUGCAAAUCAAAUAAGAUAUUCAACUGGCACUCAUCCAUACUCUGUAGCUGUUGGUGAUUUUAAUAACGACGACCGACAGGAUAUCCUCACCGCUAAUGUUGAUAACAACACUGUAAGUGUACUUCUCGGAUAUGGAAAUGGCUCUUUUGAAAAACAAACGACAUUUUCAAGUGGCACUUGGCCAGUCUCUGUAACUGUUGGUGAUUUUAACAUCGAUACCAAUCUGGACAUCGUCGUUGCUAAUAAUAAGGACAAUACUGUAAGUGUACUUCUCGGAUAUGGCGAUGGCUCUUUUGCAAACCAAAGGAUAUAUUCAGUUGGCUCUGGCUCAAUUGCUGUAGCUGUUGGUGACUUUAACAAAGACACCCAUCUGGAUAUCGUCGUUGCUAAUACGAAUGACAACACUAUUAGUGUACUUCUCGGAUAUGGCAAUGGCUCUUUUGCAGAUCAAACGAUAUAUUCAACUGGCUCUGGACCAUGGUCUGUAGCUGUUGGUGAUUUUAACAUCGACACUCAUCUGGACAUCGUCGUCGCUAAUUAUAAUGAUAAUACUGUAAGUGUACUUCUCGGAUAUGGCGAUGGCUCUUUUGCAAAUCAAACAAAAUAUUUAACUGGCUCUGGACCAACAUCCGUAGCUCUUGGUGAUUUUAACAACGACAACCAACUAGAUAUCGUCAUCGCUAAUUGGAAUGACAACACUAUAAGUGUCCUUCUUGGAUUUGGCAAUGGCUUUUUUGCAAAUAAAAUAACCUAUUCAACUGGUAGUACCCCUUCAUUUUUAGUUGUUGGCGAGUUUAAUAAGGAUACCCGAUUGGAUAUCGUCGUCGCUUAUGUGAAUGGAGCAAGUGUUGGUGUAUUUCUCGGAUAUCCGAAUGAAGGUUUUCUAAACCAUAUGAGACUCAUAACUGGCAAUGGAUAUCGCCCCAAGUCAUUCGCCAUUGGCGAUUUUAACAAUGACGAUCAAAUGGAUGUAGCAGUUGCAAAUUCCGGCGGUAACAACGUCGGUGUUUUUCUGAGAUAUGACAAUGGUUCUUUCGGAAAUCAAAUAACAUAUGCAACUGAUUCUUCUCCAUGGUCAAUAGCUGUUGGUGAUUGCAACAACGAUACCAUACUUGAUAUUGUCGUCGUGAAUCUUGGCAGUGACAAUGUUGGUCUAUUUCUUGGAUGGGGUAAUGGUUCCUUUUCAAGCCAGAAAACGUUUACGACCGGUUUUAGCUCUCAAACGAAUGCGGUUGCUGUUGGCGAUUUCAACAACGACAAAUUGCUAGACAUUAUUGUUGCUAAUUAUGGCACAAACAACAUAGGUGUGUUGCAUGGUUAUGGGAAUGGUUCCUUCUCAAGUGUUAAGUUUUUUUCAAUCAGUUAUGGAUCUCUUCCAUUCUCAAUUUCCGUUGCUGAUUUAGACAAUGAUGGAAAAUUGGAUUUCGCUGUCGCCAACGAAGGUUUUGAUAAUUUACAAACUUUCUUACAGACCUGCUAAUACUGCCACCGCUCUCUUGAUUUUUUUAUUGUUCGACUCUUUAUAACUUCUAAUUAGUGCUACUAAUAUUUCUUCUAACUGUUUUUGGGUGUGGAUGUGUUGAAAAUUAAUAAAUUUUAUAUAAAGAAAAGAAAUAUCAUGUGAAGAUACCAAAAUGUGUUUCAAUUUGGCAAAGAUAUCUCGUCAGGUGUAGGACAUGGGUAUGUCAAGCACACCAUCAUGUCUUUUGAACCUGCUCUGGUGUCUCAUCAAAUGAUUGUAUGUGGGUCUGUGGGUGGGAUGUGAAUGUGGGUGUGGGGAAGCUACCACGACGCGUUUUGACUGUUACUCAGACAGUCUCGUCAGAUUGCUUAGAAUCUCUAGGUCGAUUACAAUUUUUGAAUAGAAACAAUUCGAAAAGAAUCAAUUCCAGACAAAUUACACUAUUCUACUCGCAAGAGUGUAAGUAAAUCAAUGCGAAACAGAUCGACUUAUAUUUCUAGAAUACAAAUCAAUCUGCUAGUCUCAACUUUUGCUUUUCAGCAACCGAUUCGCUCUAUCCAUUAUAAUAAAAAACGAAGUAGAUGUGCUCGAAUUAGAAUUAAUUAAAAACAAAUACAAAGUUAAUUUUUGCCGACGACUUUCGUGUUAUUGAUUAAAAUAAUGAAACACUCAUGAGGGCUCUGCCUUAAAAUUGAUAAGCAAAAAUUAAAAGCAAAAUAUAAAUCAAGUUUAAAAUAAAAUAGAAAGGGGCAAAAUUUCAAAAGAACAAAUAUUAAAAAGCCAAGUAAAAUCUACACUAAAUUUUAAAAACAAAAUUAAUAAAUAUUGAAAAUACAAAAUAAAUUUUAAAGAAUAAUACAUUUUGAUAAAUUUUGAAUAGUUAGUUUUGAAGAGUAAUAAUAAUAAUGAACUUUGAAUAGAUUUUUAUUGAAAUUGAAUAAUAGUAGUAAUUAAUUUUGAAUAAUAACAAAUUUUAAAUAAUUACAAUAAACUUUGGAUAAUAAUAUUAAACUCUUUAAAUGAUACUAGUAAAAUUUUGAAUAAGGCUGUGGGUGUUAGUGUGAGUGCAAAGAUGAUCAAUACUCAUAGUCAUAUCUACAUCCACACUCACUCACCCACACCCACACCCACACCCGAUUUAUUGUAGGAUGCUGAGGAGUCUAUUUUCAUAAAUCAAAUAAAUAAAUAGAUAAAUUGAGCGAUAUAAUGUAAUUCAGCAAAAUAAAUAUUAAUGCAGUAAAAUAGAGAGUGUACCAACAAAUGUAUUUUUUCAUUUAUUCAAAAUCAAGAAAAAAUCUACGACAGAUUAAGUUGGAUAUGUUAUUGAUGCUUAAGAGGUAUUGGACUAGUAUUCGAAAAUGUUCUUAGUUGCGCUGUUAUUCGUUUAAGUGAUUUCAUCUGAUGAUGACUUUAAAAUAAAGUCAAAAAUUCAUGAAUUUCCAUAAUAGAUGUGUUUUUCUUCAUUGUGAAUAAAUCAAAACAAAAUACAUUUGUUGGUACACUCUCUAUUUUACUGCAUUAAUAUUUAUUUUGCUGAAUUACAUUAUAUCGCUCAAUUAUCUAUUUAUUUAUUUGAUUUAUGAAAAUAGACUCCUCAGCAUCCUACAGUAAAUCGGAUUUUUCCCUACCAAAAUUCCGUUGUCUUUCAAAUUUCAAUUGAAAUUCGGAAUCAGCAUUGAAUUCCGCGUCUGAUAAUGCUAGAUUUAUAAAAAUUGGAGAGAAAAAAUUCUUCGAUGAUCCUGAGGUCCCGUACAGGUGCCCAAUGAACCGUGAAAAGUUAAAGUCGUCUUUUUGACAGCAAAAAGUACAUCACUUUACUCAGAAUUUAAUGCUGAUUCCGAAUAUGUAAUUAUUUUCUUAAAAAUAUUUUGGACAAAAAAAUGGCCUUAUCGAUACUUGUCCUGUAUAAAGUCAUACUAAACCAUAGAAAUACUCGUCAUAGGAUUCGCUCCAUUCAAAGUUGUGAUAAUCGAACACUAUUUAUAAUCUAAAGUACGUUAAAAUUCCAUUUCAGAAAUUUUGAAACGAAAGUCUAUUAAUGACGAAAUAAGAUCUAACAAUGCCGUAACAGUUAUUUUAGAUACUUUUUACUCUUGGCCACAGUUUGGAUUACCGAGUCGGUAUCCAAAAAAAUUAAUCGAACUGCCUCCGUCGAACUUGAAAAUGUUCCUUCUAGUCUGUUCACUUUAAAAAGUGGAACACCUCAAAAUUCGCCUCUUUCACCACUGCUAUAUAUACUUCACACUAGUGGUUCUAUGAACGAAAUUCCUUCCCAUAAAGAACUUAAUCUCUCUGCGGACGAUACAGCUCUUUUGACAUCAUCUAACACGACAUCUAACCUUUUGAACUGUUUAUAACAAUCUCUAAAUGAAUUCGAACGAUGAUGUACAGGAUGGAAACUGAAGUUGCAACCACUAAAAAUGGGAAUGAUUCACUUCAGUCAUUAUCCAAGAAAGAAGUAUAAAAACACAAUCACAGUCAAAGUCGGCAACAUUAGCAUUACAACACAAGAUUCAGUACGUUAUCUAGGCAUGACUCUUGAUCGAAAACUGGAUUGGAAAAGUCAUAUAAAACAUAUUGAGACUAAAGCUGCCACACAUAUCGGUCGUCUUCGAUUUUUAUCGAGAUCAGCACUCAACUCAAACGAUCAACAUAUGUUAAAUAUCUUCAAAGCUCUUAUUAGAGCCAUCCUCACAGAUGAAUGUCUGAUUCCUCUCACUGCAACUGAUAAGAUCUGGGAACGUUUACAAAUCAUCCAGAACAAAGCCAUUCGUGAUGCAUUAGAAGUAUCUUCACAUACUUUCGUUCAAUACAGACACCAGUAUGGCAACAUUCCAAGAAUCAAACAGUACUCAAACACUCUUCUAAAACAAAGCAAUUGUAAGAGCACAAACAAACAAUGAACAACUGCUCCAAACGAUCCUCAGAGACAUUCGUGAAGAAAUAUAAAAUCUAUAACUAAAACUAUUUAUUCCUAUUAUUUUUUAUCUUGUCCACUAUGCUCGAGACACAUGACUUUUAAGUCAUAUAUCUUUCCGUUGUCAUCUUCAAUCUUUAAUGCUCUUUCUACUUUGAUAAAUAAAGAUCUUGAAACCUUUAUCCAAAAAAAAAAAAAUUUAAUCAACGGAACCAAGAUCAGAUUUACCGAAACUACGAUUGAAAUCAAUGGAAACAAAAGUUACCGGGAUCGGGACUGAAUAAACUUGCCUCCACACAUCUCUACUCUUGGACUAAUAGCAACAAUCAACAAUUGAUGCGUUUUACUCAACAAAAAACAAUGACAAUGAUCGAACAGAACUGGCUGUUUUGCAGCAUCAACUUGUUUUUCUUCUUAAAAAUAAAAUCGAUUUGACAAAUGCAUUAUCUCCCCAUUCUCACUGUGCGUCUUUGCACUAAUCGUAGCAAUAAAUGCGAAAAAGUCAGUAUGUCAGUUGCAGCAUUUCUUGUUCAGGUCAUUGUUGCAUAAAGCUCUUAUUAUCUACUGUUGUUACGAUUGGUAUUAACCCAUGAGAUUAUACGUCGUCUUUAUUACAUAUAUUUGGAUAAUAUUUAUUUGACCAAUAAGAAUACUGGAAUGGGCAAUAAUUAAAAUAUGAUUUAGCAAUAUUUUUCUGAGCUAUAAAGAAAUUUUAUUUGAGUAAUUUUAUAUUAUUAAAUGUACAAUAAUUAAUUCAUUAAGUAGCAGUAGUAAUUUCAUAUUUUAGCAAUAAAACAAAGACAAACUACAUUAUUUUAUAUGCAUUAGAAAAAUAAAACAGUUAUUUACAAUAGAAAAAUAAUAAUAAAAAUGAAAAAAACAGUCUAUUAUUGUGUGAAUAAAGCUUUUUUUUUGGUUUAGAUAGUCUGCCCAUUUUUCUUGUUAUAUUUUAUUUUGUAAAAUUGAAAAACUACGUAUUUGUAUAUAUAAAUGAAUUCAUAUUGCCCUUUGUUAACGGGUGAUUGAUCUAAUAGAUCAAUACUGAAUUACUACUUUAUUGCAGAAAUAAUAACUAUAUAUAUAUAUGAAUGAGCUAGGAAAAACCAAACACCCUAGAAAGAAAAUAUGACAAAGCAAGGAAUAUACCUGAACAGCAUCAAGAGAAGAGAAAUAUUCAAGUAAGGGAAAGGAAAGAAGAGAGAAAGAAAACAAAAGAUAUAUGUAUAUAUCGGAGUUGAUUUUAAAAUUCGGUUCCGUUUUAAAGGCGACCAGUUGAAUUUAAAAGGCAGCUAGUUGAUUUUGAAAUAUUUUAAAGUCAACUCCGACAUAUAUAUGUCGUAUUUGUUAUCUGUACGACAUCGUAGAAGAGAAGAAAGGAAAAAGAAGAUAUAUAAGCGAGUCACACUGUAACACCCCUUUUAUAUAAAAUUUACCUUUAAUUUAAAUAAAUUAUUGCUCAUUCAGUAUAAUUAUUGCUAAUUUUCAUUAUUGCUCAUUUAAGUUUUUUUUUUUAUUAAGCAAUCAAGUCCUAUGACCAUGCCGGUUCUAAAGGGACACUUUAACUGCACCAUACUUUAUGAUAAGUAGAAAGAAAGACAUAAUUAAAAGAAAAGACAUGAUUGAAAAGGAAAAUAUGAUGAAAAAAUAAGACGAAAUGAAGUAGAAAAAGAAAAGAAGAACGAGAACCAAGCUGAGUACCAUUCUCUCCCUCAUCCUCUUUUUUUUCUUUUCCUUGACUUUCUGCACAUACUUUAUUCUUUAUCACUGGCAUGCUGCCUUUCUCGUCUCUCUCUCUUCUUCUCUCUACUCAGGGGUAUCCAAAAGU